CUGGAGUGCCCCGUGCUCCCCGGUCCCGGGGUCCCCGGGGUGUCCCCUCCCUCACCACACCCUGCCGUAUGCCGGGGCCGCCUCUGCCCCCCGGCCCGGGACAGCGGGGUCCCGGGGCUGGGCGAGGAGCACCCCGGGGGGGCUUCCCGCAGCCCGGCACCAGCGCCCAGCCCUCUCCCUUGUCAGUAGGGUGCCCCUGUGCCCCCAGGGACGCCCCUGUGUCCCCAGCUGGACAAGCUGCCCCCCAGACAAGACCGCCUGCGAGCCCCCAUCAGCCCCCUCCAAGGCCUGAUCCCUCAUUCAGGGUGACUGCCUGGGGGGGGUCACAUCCCCUCCCUGCCCUGCGGGGCUGGGGGCCACGGCCAGGAGCCCCCUGAGCUGCUCCGUUACCCAUCCUGAGCAUCCCCAGCCGUGGCUGGAGCGAGGAAUGAGCUGUGCCCCCGCCAACGCCUCCGCCUCCGCCUGACCCCCACCCUGCCUGCCCUGCCCGCACCACCAUGCUCAUCAAGGAGUACCGCAUCUGCAUGCCGCUCACCACCGAGGAGUACCGCGUAGGGCAGCUCUACACCAUCAGCAAGCACAGUCACCAGGAGAGCGAGAAGGGUGAGGGCGUGGAGGUGGUGAAGAACGAGCCCCAUGAGGACCCCAUCCAUGGCCCCGGCCAGUUCACCGAGAAGCGCGUCCACCUCUCCAGCAAACUGCCGAGCUGGGCACGGGCGGUGACCCCCCGGAUCUUCUACAUCACGGAGAAGGCCUGGAACUACUACCCCUACACCAUCACUGAGUACACGUGCUCCUUCCUGCCCAAGUUCUCCAUCUACAUUGAGACCAAGUACGAGGACAACUGCGGAGACAGCGAGAACAUCUUCCGCAGCGAUAAAAUCCUGGGUGACCACGAGGUCUCCUUCCUGGACAUCGCCUUCGACGAGAUCCCCGAGCGUUACUACCGCAGCUUGGAGGACCCCCGUUUCUUCAGCUCGGCCAAGACGGGCCGGGGGCCGCUGCGGGAGGGCUGGCGUCAGCACACCAAGCCCAUCAUGUGCUCCUACAAGCUGGUGAGCGUCAAGUUCGAGGUGUGGGGGCUGCAGACGCGGGUGGAGCAGUUUGUGCACAAGGUGAUCCGGGAUAUCCUGCUGAUCGGACACCGGCAGGCUUUUGCCUGGGUGGACGAGUGGUGCGGGAUGACAAUGGAGGAGGUGCGGCGCUACGAGCGGGAGACGCAGGAGGCCACCAACGAGCUCAUCGGCCUGGUGGCACCCGCCAUCUCGGUCAGCGAGGUGGGGCAGCCCACGGCCACACACUCGGCCCCCGCCAGCGCCCCCUCCACCCCCCUCAGCGACGAGGCCCCCGAUUUCCUCACUCCCCCCAAGACUCGCCCGCGCAAGAAGUCGGCGCCGGAGACCCUGACGUUGCCUGUGCUACGGGAACGCGCCAGUGCCGAGUGAUGCUGGCGGUACCAGCGCCGUGCGACCUCCCUGGCCAGGCUGCCACGGCCCCUCCGACGGGCGCCAACCCCAGAGAGGGACCUGCCGUCGGGGCGUGGGGAGCCCCAGGGGGAUACCAGCCUCCCUGAGCCAUCGUGGGUGCCCAUGUGGGACAUUGCCACCAUCGCUGGGCCGGGCCCGCGGGCUGCACAGGGAGGGGACGCCAGGCCAGUGUGGGUCCCCGGCAGCGUCAGGCGAUGCUGCAGGGGCUGGUUCGCUCAGCGCCACCCACCCUGGUUUCCUCAGGGGCCACCGAGGCUGACGAGCAGCAGGGCUGCGGCAGCCGGUACCCGUGUGCCAUGGCCGGGCUGGGUGCUGGUGCCAGUGUGAGCAGCUGCGGGGCUUGGCGAGCGAUGCUGGAGCACCACCCUGCAGGAUAGGCACCGGCACAGGGGCACAGCACGUGUGACAGUGAUGGUGACAGCUGGGUGCUGGGCUGGGGCUCCCUGCGGGACCCCAGGGGUUGCACAGCCCCGUGGAUGACAGGUCCCACAGUCGGGGUCCCCUUCGUCAUCCCUCCAGAGGCCGUGGCCACCCGAGUGGGGCUGGGACAGGCUCAGCCCUCUGUUUUCUUUGGGAAAACAAAGGCCUUUUUGGAAAUAAAGCUCGAGACACGGCA